UGCUGUGACAGUUGUUGUCGUGCGCUUAGUCUUCGUUGGGCGGUCUGUGUGUUAGCAACGUGUUGCUCCUCUCGUUUUUCACGUUUGACGAUUUUCCGAUUUUCUAUAUUGUUCACCCAGUAAUUGUGUGGUGCGCUGAACGUACGCGAACGCAUUUAUGUCAAAUUUGCAAUAAUAAUAAAGGAAAAACAUUAAAUAUUAACUGAAAGGCAAAACCGCACGUUCACUAAACAAAUUUCUGCCGGAAAUAAAAAUUAUCUUACAAAUUUGUAUGUGCAUAAAUUAAUUUGAAAUGUGUAAAAGUGACAAGGGCGUAGUGCUGAAGUGACACAAGAGCCGGCAUAUUGAUACACAUCAGUGAAAUACACACGCACAUAUACACAAAGGCAAGCGCGUAUAAAACUCAAUUUGAAUUUGUAGCGUGUUUGUGAUGUCGAUUGACAGCUGUUACUGUAAAUUACAUUAACUGUUUACAAAGAGUGAAUAUAAAUAAAUAAAAGUGAAAUUACAAGCGCAACAAACAACAAAAACAAACAAGUGCUAAAUGUAAACGAAAUAACUGGAAAAUAAAAUAAAGCAUUUAUCUGCAUCACGCCCACAACUGGAAGGCAGGCGCCGCCAAUAGCCGAAAAGCAACAAGUACGGAUUAACAUUUGAAGCUGAAUCGAUUUUUUCGUAUUUGUGAAACGAAUUUUGAAAAGUAGAACCGAACAAUAAUUUGAACAACCAACCCACCUAAAAUCCCACAAAAGCGUAACUUAAGCUGAAACUUUUACCCAACAAACAAUCUCCACUUAUCCGACGAAAAUUGUACACAUUCUUACCCCAGACAUCUAACAAAACACCCAAAACAACAGCAAAAUGUGGCCGUCUAACUGUCAACGGCGCACACUGCUCGCCAUCACGCUCGUCUGCUUUGCCUGCCUCGUUGCGCCCGCAGCGUCCCGCUCGCGUGACAAAGAAGGGCGUCGUCGCAGCGAUCGCCUCUCCGCCGCCUCUUCUACCUCCGCCUCGUCCACCUACUACGCCAGCAGCGGCAGCGUGAACAGCAACUAUGCGAGCAUACCUUCCUCGGCUACCAGCUCGUAUACGGGUCCCAUGGACACGACCGGCUUUUGUGUGCGUCGUCGCGAUAUGAAGCUCAUGUGCUACUGCACACCGGACGAGAAUCACGUGCCCGUGCUGAAGGCGGAGUGUUGGGUAUUCUCAGACAUCUUGCCACAGAACGAUACAACCUGGACGCGUUUCUUUCAGCAAAAGCGUUUGCGUGAAUUGAAAUUUGUCAUACAAAAUCAUGGUCGCCUGGACUAUAUACCAACGCUAGUGUUUGAGUCGUUAAAGAAUUUGACCACCAUUAUUAUUGAGUACUCACAGGUGGAUGUGGUGAAGAGCAAUGCUUUUGCCAAUCUACCAUAUUUGGAGCGUAUCAUCUUGACCAAUAAUCAUAUAGCGGCUUUGGCUCAGGACGCAUUCGCUAAUCACAUACGCUUGCGUGAGUUGAAUUUGGAGCAUAAUCAGAUAUUUGAGAUCGAUCGCCACGCUUUUCACAAUCUACCACAAUGCGAAAAGCUUUUCUUGAAUAACAACAAUAUCUCUAACUUGCAUGACAGUCUUUUUGUGGAGAUGCCACACCUGGUGUAUUUGAAUUUGGCGCAUAAUCAGAUAUCGGUGCUGACCAGCGACAUCUUUAAAGGUCUGGGUAAUUUGAAUGUGCUGAAGCUGUCGAAUAAUAACAUCAAUUUCAUCGGUGAUACUGUGUUUGCUGAGUUGUGGAUCUUGUCGGAAUUGGAGUUGGAUGACAACAAGAUUGAGCGCAUUUCGGAACGUGCUCUCGACGGCUUGAAUACGCUAAAAACGCUGAAUCUUCGCAAUAACAAGCUAAAGAAACUCGAUAACGGACUACUACGUGGCACACCCGCACUCCUCAACAUCAAUGUGCAGAGCAACGAGUUGGAGACUUUGACAUUUUAUACAUUCCAGCCAAUUAUGGAUAAUUUGGUCAACAGCACAAGUGAACUGCUGCUGUCAGAUAAUAACUUCGUUUGCGACUGUCGUCUUCAAUGGCUGUUUGAGCUGAAAAAUCGUACGCGCUACACGGCAUUGCGUGAGGCGCUCGAGACUUUCGUCUGCACACUGCAUGAUCCGAAAAUUUCCAACUUUGUUGAGCCCGUACCAAAUCACAUUUUAGAUCUGCUCAACAUCGGCAGCAGCUACAAUGGCGCCAACAGCGCCGAACUACAUCUCGGUGGCAACAAUAGCGGACGCAAACGCUUCUCCAAGUCACGACAAAAUGGCGGCACACAGCGCGGUGUCGGCGGCAACGGACAACGUCUGGGACAAAUGCAGCUAAACGCCGAUGAGAAUGUCGAUGUGAUCGAUGCCGCCGCCGUUGCACUGACACCCGAACACAGUGAGCACGUACUGUCGCUAAGCAAGCGCUCGUUAGCCGACGGCAGUGAGCUCACUGUUGUCGCCAGCAGUCAGCCGGAAGUGUACAAUGGCGCACUCUUGGCAGCCUCAGGUAUACCAGACGUCGCCACCGCCAAUAUUGUUGGUGAGAAGAAGAAGAAAUCCGUAUUGCCCGCAAAACUAAGAGAUGACUACUACGACGAAGCAGCCGGUUUAGGUGGUGGCGCUGCUGCGCCGCACGGCCUGCUGCUGGCACAACAAAUCGAACUGGGCGAAGGCUUGGACGCGCUCAAACAGAAUGCUUUGUACAAUCAGCAAACCAACGAUGUGAUUGGCAUGACCAAUACAAUCAACGAGCAUGGCGCUAGCAAGCCACAGCCGCUGGGCAUCAAGGUGUGUCUGUUCUUGUUGAAACCCGAGCGUCUGCCGUGUCACGACGAGCUCAGCGAUCCGACAGAGUUGCCAUUGUCACGCGAUCUCAUGGAUGUGCGCAGCAAUCAGGCGCAGAGCAACAUGUCUUCGGCCGGUAGCACUCUGUCAAUGGCAACGACGACCCUGGUGGGCGUGGCGGCGAUAAUGCUGCGCUUCAGCAGCAGACGGCGCAUCGGUUAAACAGCAAUGAAGGCACGCGGGUGUAAUGGGUAACAGUAAUUCUAUUGAGAUGUGUGUCUGCGUUUAAGAAUACUGCGAAAAUAUUUGUGUGUAGACAAAUGCCAAUAUGGGAAAUACAGUGGUAAUUUGUAACAAUAUUUUAUAAAAAAAAAAUUAUUUAAUUUUUUUCUUUAACUAUUUUGAAGUGAAUUGAAAAAUUUUAAUUAGAAUUUUAUGCAACGAUUUUUAGGUGUUUUUGUAUUUAAAAAUCAUUUGUAGUAGAACACACACACAUACUUAGAUACACGUGUCAGCGUAUUUAAUGUGAAACGAUCUCUUGCGUGCCCCAACGCAUUUGAAAGCCUAACCACAGAACUUUUAGCAAACACUGUAUAUAUUAAAAAACAUUGAACACUUGGAUGCGAAAAAUCUUAAGAUAAAAAAAUAAUAAGAACAACAUUUAAUGCCUACUUGAACAGCUUCUGGCGGCCAGUUUAAGCAAACUGGCAUAAAACUGGGCAAACAUAAUUUGUAGUUAGCUUAUGAUUGUAUAUAACAAAAAAAAUAAAUAAAAUAAAGCGAAAAAAUAAUACUUAAUGAAUAAACAAACCAAAGCUGUAAUGUUCAUAAACAAAAUAUUAUUAAGCAGCUUAAGAAUAAACGCUUAAUAAGUUUGAACACAAAAACCCUAAGAAAACUUGAAGACGAGCUUCAAUUAACUGUAUGCUUUUUUUGGUAUAAGAAUCUUACAAAGGCACAUAAGAAAAAAAAAAACUUAAAUAUAUAUAUUAUAAUUAAGUGUAAGGUGUAGCAUUAAGAGCAAAUGGUAAAGCACUUAGCUUUAAGCAACUCAAAAUGAAUUCUUUCGCCUGUCAGGCGGCGACAAUUAAACAUUUAAAUUAAGAAUUAGCGCCUAAUGAGAGAAUAAAAAACUUAAAUUAGAUACAUAUAUAUGUAUAUUGCUAUAUAAAUGGUAAUUGUAUUUAUACAAAACUAAUUAGUUAAGUGUAAAAAUAUUUAAAGCAUUAAAAUUGAUAAAAAACACAGCUUAUUUUGCAGCUUACAUUUUUUAUUGAAAACAUUCUAUGUUCACCUAAUAUUUUAUUUCUAAUUUAUUAAUAUUUAUUUUGUUUUUAAUAUCAACAAUCUUUUUAAUUGUGUAUUUUUCCAUGUUAUUGCAAAUAAUUAAACAAAUUUAAUAAUUAAGAGAUUUACCGUAUCAGUUUUAUGACCAAAUAAGCCACAGAGUUCAUUUAAGUACACUGAGGGUACACAAGCUCAAUGAUGAUGAGUUUACAAUGUGGCGCCGCUAAACUGAGCUAAAAUACCUCUAAUAAAAAAUUUACUGCUUAGCUCAAUUUGGUAUUACUAUAUAUAAUUAAUUUUGUACUUUUUUCUGAAAUAUUUGUUUGUGCUUUUUAAAUUUCCAAAUUUAGCUUAAUUUCGCUAAUUAGUUUUAAGUAUAUAAAAUAGCUGAAGAACAACGACUUGUGCUUGCUUUAUUUCUUUAAUAAAAAAUUACAAAAAUUUUAAAUAACGAGACUAUUUAUUCAAAAUUUAACAGGUUCUUCAAAAUUGUUUUACUUUCAGCAAAAUCAGAGAUAUUUAGUGGUACCCUUGGUAGCAAAAGAAAAAAUUAUGAAACUCAAAAAAAUAUAAAAAAAGCAAAUAUUUCCUUUCUUUUUUAUUUAUUUAAUCUUAAUGUUAUUCUCAAUCUAAAAAGUUUUUAUUAAUUAAAAUUAUUAUUAUAGAAGAUAUUUUUAGUUAAUUUCCUUUAAGAGAGCUAGGCUGAAAAUGGUAGCAUUUGUUAACGCAUUUAUUUUAGCUUUGCGCCGAAAAGUAGGCAACAUUUGCAUCAUAUUGCUCAUUUAUCUCAUAUUUCACGCUAAUCGCUUUAUUUGAUUAAAGCAAUUUUGGUGAGUAUGACACAUGUAAAAAUGUCAGUUUUUAUCACUCCGAGUCAAAUUUGAUCAAAAGACAUUUAUUUGGAUUAGAAGGCUAAACACUUUCCCCAUCUGGAAAAAAUAUUACAUCCAGCAUGAGUACUUAAACUUGUCACAGAGUUCUUAAAAAAUAUUAGAUAUAAAUCUACGACUCUGCUAUUUUAGUCUACACACGUAUUCAGUAAACCAAGAAAGUCGUAACAUUGGCUAUAUUUUACGAUUUACUGCUACGAACCCGACAUUUGUUAAUUUCUUAUUAGAGAAAUAGGUUGAGAAUGGAAGCCUUUGUUAUUAUAUUUAGUUAAGAUUUGCGUUCAAAAUAUAGGCAAACUUUUUUUAAAUAUAUUUUGGUUUAAAAAUAACAUAAUGCCAAGGAUUAUAUUUGAUGAAAACAUUUUGGAUGAGUUUAAGCAACCAAACCUGAAAUAACGAAAUUAGUUAUAUUUGGAAUCAUUGCAAUCUUCAGACGUAGCACAAAAAGGAUUGAAAGGUCGCCAAAAAAAGGAACUUGUAAUCAUUUCAUUGGUGUUGGACUUUAUUUUAAACCUAAAACCCGAACACACGAUAUGAAGAAUUAUCUUUUGUGACGUUUUGUUUACCCUAACUAGAGGGAAGCUAUAAAAAAGUAACCAUUUGUCUUUCAUUCUCUUGUCGACAAAUAGUUAUUAUGUUUUCCGGGCUAAGCGUGAUACUCACUGCUUUAAUAUAGACCUCAUAAAUUCACCCAUAUGAGCAGCAAAGGCAAAGGAUACUAUACUAUAGGAAAAGCUACUGGACAAUUUAAAUAGAAGAAAGUGCUUAUCAUGUGACAAAAAAUUGGAAAUCUUCCAGUUAACUGAAUCAUUUUGUCAUUAAAAAUACCAUAAUUUGGUAGCUUUGAAAAACAAAUAUACUAUGGUAUAUUGAAAGUGAAUAGCUCUUUCACAUCAAAAAUGCUAUUUUAUUAAUUUGAAUAACUUUUCAAACGAAUUUUGAACUUUUCCGUUCAUUUUCGAGCUAACAAAGGUCGACUUAUGUACUUACAGAUAAUUAAAAAAGAAAUAUUUAUUUAUUUAAAUGCUUUAUUUCACACAAGCAAAAAACAUAAAAAAUAUUAAGGUUUUUGAUUUAGUUGAAGUUUUUAAUGCGUUUUAUGAAAUCCUAAUGUAAAUAAAUAUAAAAUAUUGCUUUCUAAAAAACACAAAAUCAUUUUCAAUAGAAUAUUAAAAUUCGGUUAAAAAUCGUUAUAUUAUAUAUGUAUGUAAAUAUGCAGUUCAUUCGGCUCGGUCGAGCGAAUUGAAUUUCACCGCCAGAAUUGAAGAAACUGACACAAGAACACAUAUAAGUUCUAAGUGCGAAAAAACAUUUAAUUGAAAUAUUUAUAUAAACACAAUAAUUGCUAAAACUCUUAAAAAUACAUUUGCCGGCAUGUCACACUAACAAAUAAACACACACGCACGCACAAAAAUGUGCGAACUUACAAAGCAAAAAACCUCCGAUGUACUGGUGUUUCAUUUUCAACUACAAAAAACAACAAAGUGAAUGGACAUAUUAAAACUAAAUAAAUAAUAAAUGAAAGAAAAAGUGGCCGAAGUCAUAAAAAGCGAAACCGAAAAUAAAUAGAGAGUAUAUUAAGCGCUAAAAUGGAAAAUAGCUAAACAGAACUGUGUAUAAAUGUUUUUAUAUUGUUGCUGCUAAAAAAUGUGGCAACCUUCAGAUGCGUCGUAGUGGUUGCAGAAUUUACAAUAACAUAAAAAAUAUACAAAAAACAUUGAACUUGUUAAUUUUUUUCAAUAUUUCGUUUUCUACUUUUGUUAUCGUUAUUUAUAUGUAUUUCUGUAAAUACUGUUUUUUAUGUUUUGGUUUGUUUUGCUAUUGAUUUACAAUGAACUGAACUAUACAUUUUAGUUUUCAGAUAAAUAUUAUUUUUGAAAUUCCUAAAUCAUUUAUAUUUGAAUAUUCUGUAUUUUUAUCAUAUUUUGAUAUCUUUCAGGUUUGCCCUUUAUGCUGGUUUGUAACACUUCUUAAUUUAUAAAAAUAUAUUGGAGGCAAUAUUUCUGGUGAUUGUUUAUCACUUUCAGUAAAUUUGCAAAGAUCUCUUAUGAUAUGCGUUUAGUCAUAAAGAAAAUUAAUUUUAAUAAUACAACAAAAGUUGUAAAAUAUCGCAUAUUGACCAUAUUUACUAUAUUUCUUAGCAGCUUUCACCAGACAGCGAAUACCUUAUGAAAAUAAUUCCUAUAUACCGGUCUAAAUUUUAGGAUAUAUAUUCAACUUGGUAAAUUAAUUCAGAACCUAUUCAACUCUAUACUAACUGUCCAAACUCCAUUCACUAUCCUAAAGCCAUAUACAUAUAUAUACGUAGUACAUAUCGACAUGAAAACUCGACUCUUUUACUUCUGAAACUGAUUUUAAGAGAUCGUUGAUGGUUCAGAAUGUUGAUCUACGAAACAAAUAUUAUUUGGCAAUGCCUUAUUAAAAUUUUUUGGUUUUAAAUGCAUAAUAGCGAGCUACUUGGUCCGUAAAUAGUAACUAAAGAUAUCAAUGAAAAGAUUCUUUAAAGUGAGGCUAAAAUACAGCAGUAGUCUUCUACCAAUUCUUUAGUGAUAGGCUUUAUUAUUUAUUCCACUGAUCUGACAAACACGAAGGAACAAUCGAGGAGGAAGUAUUGAGAUGAUUUUAUCUCGUCAUGAUAUCCACUCUUACUGCAUAAAUCCCGAUUGGGUAUUAUUCACUUAGAAGUCCUGUAACCAAUGAAAAGAGAACCCAGCUGAGAGCGCAAGCUCCCAUCCAAUAUUAUCGAUCUCCGACAUCAUUUUAAAUUUGUAUAAAAAGUAGUUUUAUAUGAUUUAAGCUAUUAUUAUUGAUUUUUUUUUUACUUCUUCUAUUUAUCUUAUCAAAUUAAUAUUCAAUUUAUAAAAAAUACACUUUCAAAGAUACCUAAUUUAACCAAAACCUCUAUGCCUUGACUUUAUCAACUACCAUAGAUGCUUAAGAAGACGGCUACAUAAACGACGCGCUUGUAAUAUAUACAUGCAUAUAUAUAUAAAUGAUAUUUGUAAGUAUUAUAUAUUAAGUAUAUGUAAAUUGCCAUGAAUAAUGUAAACUCUAAAGCGCAGUUAGAGACUCGUAGGGUUAGUGGUAGUUCACUAGGGAAACAGGCAAAAAUACACUGUAAGCAUUCGAUUCUCGCAAAAAUAGUCAGCGGAAUUGAAAAUGCUUUUAAAAAAUUGUAUAAAAUUUGCUGCUUAAAUUUUUAUAGAAUAGAAAUUUUAUUUUUAAUAAUUAUUAAAUAUUUUUCUUUAUUUUAUUUUUCAGAAUAAAUUUUUUAUUUAUAAUAAUUAAUAUAGAAAGAAAUUUUUAGCGUUUUUAUGUUUGCGAUUCAAAAUAGAUUCAAAGCAAGUGUGUGUGCAAAUAAGGACACAAUCACACUUUCUUCAUUCUUACCACUUUGUUUCUUUUGUUUUGGUUGGGUUAUUUAUUCAAUUAUACAUAAAUAAGAUUAAUGUGUUCAUCAAAAUUGUUCGUUUUUAUUAAAUUAUCAGUUUAGUGAAUUGCGAAACUUUUUUGGUAGCCUAAGACUGAUAAUGCGAUAAUGUAUAAAGAAAAAAGGACAAAAACAAAAAAGUCUUUAGUAGUAAUAUUAGGUCUAUGAAAUAGUCAUGAUUAGUAAUGGGGAAAGCUAAAGCCAUUAAAGCAGAGAAUAUAUGCAAAAACAUCUACGGAUUUGCAUAUUUGAAUAUAGUUACAAGUACAUAGAUAUAUGCGUAAGUAAGUGUAGAAAGAACUGUCAAGUGUCAAUAUGAAAAUUUCAUAUUUAUAAAUCAAAAUAAUAGAAAUGCAGAACAUAAUACUUGUAAAAACGGUAAUAAAUGUGAGAUCGAUGAGAAGCUACAGGCAGCAGCUACAAACAUACAUGCAUGUAUAUGUAUAUGUAUAUAAAAGCACUCAGUUGUAGAUACCUAAAAUGCAUUUUAAAGAAAACCUUAUUAAAAUAUUAAAAAAUAAUAACAACUUGUCCCCCAAAACAUAGGCCUUUUCAUAAGAAGUGAAAGCGCUUUCCAUAAAACAUUUGUGCGUUGAGCGAAAAUUUCAGUUUCUUCUUCAGUUUCUUGCUGUUUAAAAUUUGAUAUAUUUUUCAAACAGAAUGAGCAUUAAAACAAUUACAUAUGCAGGAAAAAAACUGUUUUCAUCAUUUUCUUUGCUUUUAAAAAAAUAUUUGAUUUUAACAAUAUUUAAAAGCAUAAUGGACUGCUCAAUAGUACUAAACCAACUUCAAAACUAUAUAGAGUUAAAAAGCAUUAAAAUUUGCUAAGUGAAUAGCAAAUAAUACUACUUUUAGCUGACAAUCAAGGAGCUGAAGACACGGGAAAUAUGUUGAACGAACACAUUUUAUUGAGCUCAUACACUGAUUCGCAUAAAUAUUCGUACCGCAAACCAGCGCUAACUAUACAAUACACUAUUGACAAGUUUUUAACUCCAUAAUACAGCUACAAAAUUGUUCACGUUAAUUUCAGUAACUAAGUAUUAUUAUUAUUUUAUAAAAAAAAUAUUUAAAAUUCAGUGCCUAAUAUAAAGAUUUUUAUAUUCUGAACAGAUUCCAUUAAGUUUGCUGGGUUUGUUUGUAACACCUCGACAGAAACAUCGGAAACCAUAUAAAAUGUAUACUAUAUAUAUAAAUGAUCAGCGUGACGAGUUGAGUUGAUUUAGUAAUGUCCGUCUUUUGGUGCGUUUGUUAAUACUCGGCCAGUCUCUAGUCUCUCAGUUUUUGAUAUAUAUUCCUGAAAUUUGGCACUUUUUUCACCAAGAAACUGCUCAUUUGUUGAAACAGCUGACCACCAUGCUACCAUACAAACUGAACGACAAAAUCAAGUUCUUAUAUGGAAAAUUUUUUUAUUCGAAAAAUAUCUUCACGAAAUUUGGCACAGAUUAUUAUUCAAGACAUCUCUGAUAGAAUCCGAAGAACUAUUCAGAUCAGACAACCAUAGCAUAAGCCUGCCAUACAAACUAACCGACUACAAUCAGCUGCUUGGAAUCGAUCGUAUUUGGGAAGUAUCUUACAGGUUCGGUGCAACCAAAGUUAUCGUUUUUUCUUGUUAAACUUCAACCUAAACAACUUUCCUAUUAACAAACAUUGAGAUAAUACGUUUUGGAAUUUCAGACUGAUAAUUUGUCCCUAUUAUUUUCAGAAUUUACUGACAUCUUCAAUAUUCCUCAAGCGGUUUUGAGUUCUAAGAGUAUAUCCUUAAUAUAUCCGAACCCUGCUGAGUGGAGUUUUAUGAAUAUUCAUUAACGGUACUUGUAAAAAUCGGGUAUUGUCGAACGGUUUUAGAACCGAGUUCCAAGAGUGCUCGGUGCCAAUAUUUUGCACUUCAUAUACAUAUAUACACUUUGUACCAGAAAUUUUUUCAAAUACAAAAAUAACAUGAAUGUAUUCAUGUAAUUCAAAGUGAUCACCCACACGGUUCGGUUGUUUGUUGCAAAGUAUUCAAAUUGUAUUUCGGUCUAAUGCAUAUUUAACUCAAUUGAGCGCAGUUCUGUGUAGUGUAGUGUAUAUUUUUAAAUACAAUGUAAAUUUAUGCACUUUUAUUUGCAAUUCUACUUGUGCAUUUAUAGAUUCAGACUGCAUGUAUAUGUGGGUGUGUAUUCCGAGAACCCAUUAGCUUCGUGUUACAAAAACAACAUUUCAUUUAAUUUUGGCUUACAAAAAUAAAUUUCCAGAAAUUGAAUUCACAGCCAAUUUGUUAACCAAUAAUUGAUUGAUGGCAUCAAUAAAAUAGUAAUUUGCGCCAAAUAAAUAAAAUGGACUGCUAGCAAAGCACACAACUACCCACACAUACACAUAAGUGGCAACAUAACAGUUUAGAGCUAGUGAGAUUCAGCAGAAUCAAUAGUUGAAACGGUGCAUAAAAGCACAUUUCCAAGGUAAAAUUAACAGUGGCUGCACGAAAAUGAAUUGUGGCUGCAGUCAAACCACACACUCACACACAUACACAUAUGGUUCACACAAACGUAAAUGCUGUUAUUGCAAAUUGGUGGGUAAUAGUUAAAAAGGCAACAAACUGAGCGCCAUAGGACUUGAUGAACUAAUCUUUUUAAAAAGCACAAACUUUAAUUGAAAAUAUUUGCGAAAGCAAGAAAAAAAUUGCGAAAAAUAUGAAAUGUUCAAUAAACAAAACGAUUGAAGCGUAAAAAUAAGAAAUCCAUAAGUUUUAAGUGCUAAGAAGAUUCAGUAGUAUUAGCUAUAGGUAGGCGUAUAAGUAUAUGUAAGUAUUUCUAAAGUCUAAGCGGGCAUACAUUUAGAAAUAUAUAUAAAUAUAUAUAGGUAUUGUGCAUAUUUAAAUACAUAUACAAUUAUAUGUAUGUACGAUAAAUAUAUUGAAGCCAAAUUAGAGCAAACGGCAACUGAACAAAACAAAAAUUUACCACAAAAGAUUUAAUUAUGAAAAAAACAAAAAAAAAAAAUAAAAUCAAUUAAAUUUAAACUGACUAAAAAUGAAAUAAAAUUAAUGUUAAAUAUAUAUAUAUAUAUAUAUAUAAGUAAGUAUAUAUACACAGAUAUAUAGAUUUACAGCUCACAUAGCAGCUAACUCUAAGUGCGCAUACUAGAAAACGUUUAAGUCUUUUGCCAUUAGGCGUUUAAAAAUUAUUUUUAUUUUCUAUUGAUAAUAUAUAUUAAGUGAAUAAAGAAAAUUACAUCACUUACAAAGUCGGCAUUGAAAUAAUUACAGCUGUUUAUUUGUAUGCAGCAACCGAAACAGAUACAAAAUGCUUUUACUAUAAUUUAGGUAAAAUAAAACGGCUUUGUAGCGUAAAUAAAAUAUUUAUUUAAGUAAGAAGAUGAUUGCAUACACAUAAGUAAUUAUUAGCUAUUAGCAAAAAGUAAUUUAUUUAUUUAUAUUUAAUGAUAAAGCAAGGCAGCAACAGUUUUCGCAUAUUGGAAAAUAAAAAAAACGAAAAAAAAAAUUAUUUGAAAUAAAUAUUUAAUGAUACGGGUGCAAACACAAAAUCGACCACGUUUUUCAAAGCAAACAAGUUUACAAAGACACAACUCAUAUUUAUUCAACUUCAAAAGAGAACCGAAUAUUUAUUUGUUUGCCUCAAAUAUACAAUAUUGAAAUACAAAUUAUUUUUUUUUUUCGGAUUAUUGAAAUUUAAAUAAACAUUUUUUUCCAGCAAACAAAUAAAAUAUUAUUAAAAGCAGCCUGCUCUAACCCCACAUUCUAGUAGCAUUAAUUUCGUUCCUAUAAAUAAAUUUAAAUAAAUUUUAAUUUCGAGCAAAAAUUGAAAAACGCAGAUAGCCCUCAACACUAAUUAAAAUGUAUAAAAGUACCAAUUUU